AUGCUGUGUUCAAGACUGGUUUCUGUGUUUACACUGCUGGUCCUCGGAUUUUGCAAGCCGGCACUUCGUUCAAAACCACUGUUCCAUGAGGACGGCGUGCUCGAUUUGGCCACCCUCAACGAGGAACUGGACCGUUGCAAAGUUGUCCAGGAGCUGAACCUGCACUUUGAACAAGAGGAAGAGAGUCUCAGCUACGCAGAGUACGUAUUCUCGAAAUUGUUCCCAUUCGGCCCCGCUGGCAACGCUCUGCUGGCCACGACGUACAUCUCGGGGCCGCCCAACUUCAUUCUUGCGCUGAUCCCGGCCAACAUCGACGUUUCGUCGUUAUCGCUUCUAGUCAGCUUUGCCGUCGGGGGACUGCUGGGAGACGUCUUUCUGCACCUUUUACCGCAGACGUUCCUGGGCGAGCCGCUGGAACACAAGGCGUCGUUUGUCCUGGUGGACGGCAAACGCAACUGCGUGCUUGGGUUCUGCAUUUUCAUCGGCUUCCUGUUUUUCUUCGUGAUCGACAAAAGUUUGCGGAUUCUCGAGCACACCGGCGACGGGUCGUCGCAUUCGCACUCUCACACCCACGCAGAGCCGGAGGAAAAACCAAAGACGAAGAAAAAGAAGGGUAAAAAGAACACAGAAGCCAGGGCAGAGCCUGUGGUGGCGAACCCGAACGCCAGUGUCAAGACGUCUGCGUAUCUCAACCUCAUCUCGGACUUCACGCACAACAUCACCGACGGCCUCGCAAUUGCGGCCUCAUUCUACAUCUCCAAGACCGUCGGCUGCACGACCACGUUGGCUGUGUUUUUCCACGAAAUCCCACAUGAGGUGGGGGACUUUGCGCUUCUGAUCCAAGGCGGGUUCACCAAGUGGCAGGCCAUGAGCUCGCAGUUUGUGACCGCCAUUGGCGCCUAUCUGGGCACGCUGAUCGGCAUUGGCAUCCAGACGAUGUCGGGCGACGCUACCAAGCUGGCAGCCCUCAAGCCGUCCGGUCUCUUUGGCACUACCGUCCAGAUCGAAGACCUCACUUUGCCGUUCACCGCAGGCGGAUUCCUGUACAUCGGCUUCAGCGUGGUGCCGGAGCUGCUGGAACUGCCCAAGGGCACUACAAGACUACAGGAACUGCGUAAGUUUGUGAGCCAAGUCUUCUUUAUCUUUGUGGGCAUCGGCUUCAUGUUUGUGAUUGCGUGGAACGAAUAG